UCAGUCGCGCGUCGAGCGUCCGAGAGGUUGGUAGCUGUGGUUCCGCGCCCGAGCGAGCGCGCGCGUGUGUUUGUGGGUGCUACAGUUCUCCUCCGGUUCACACGACCUGCCCGCUACGUGGUGCUUUCCCCUUCAACCACGAUGUCGAGAACGGAGUAAAGGGGAACCGAAAAAGAAAUCUCCACUUCCACGUGUGAAAGUGCCACGAGAAUCGUCUUUUUUUUUUAUUCUUUCUCCCAUCUACCCAGCCUUCUAACCGAAGCAGAUCGUUCGUGUUACACUCAGUUCUUCUUUGUUCAGAAGUCAAUUGGGGCCAUAUUGCAGUGACCACGUGGCAGUUGAAGACAGCGAUGAGGAUUGGCGGCUGCUGACGGCGCGAUGCGAGGCACUCCCCUGCUGCUGCUGCUGCUGCUGGCGUGGAGCCUGCGCGCAGACGACAGCUGGACCAACUGCCCGCCCGCGUGCCGCUGCCACUGGGUGUCGGGCAAGAAGUCCGCCGACUGCGCGGGCGCCGGCCUCAGCGCCGUGCCCGCCUCGCUCAGCGGCGAGAUGCAGGCCGUGGACCUGUCGCGCAACCACCUCGCCGUGCUGCCCGCCGACGCCUUCCUCUCCGUCGGCCUCGUCAACGUGCACCGGCUCAAGCUGCGCGCGUGCGGCGUCCGCUCCGUGGACAAGCGCGCCUUCGCCGGCCUCAGCAUCCUCACCCUGCUGGACCUGUCGCACAACAUGAUCGCCGCGCUGCACCCGCUCGUGUUCCGCGAGACGGCGCGCCUCACGGACCUGCACCUCAGCGCCAACCCGCUCAGCAAGCUCGAGGACGGCCUGUUCAGCAACCUGCUGUACCUGCAGACGGUGGAGCUGUCCGACUGCCGCCUCUCGCAGGUCGGCCUCAAGACCUUCCUGAACGUGCCCAAGCUGAAGAACCUGAAGCUGGGCAACAACAACCUGACCGCCUUGAGGCCGGCGGUGUUCGAGCACCUGGGGCGCGGCCUGCUCAGCCUCGAGCUGUACGGCAACCCCUGGCACUGCAACUGCCUGCUGAAGCCCUUCGUGGACUGGGCGCUGGGCAGGAACCUGUACGCGGCUCCCACCAGCUGCUGGGACCCGGCGGCGCUCAGGGGGCGCGCCUGGCCGCAGCUGACCGCGGAGGACCUGGCGUGCCGGCCCCAGGUGGCCGUGUCCGCCCCCCGGGUGGAGACCGCCCCCGGGGGCGAGGCCACGCUGGGCUGCCGCUCCUCCGGCUCGCCGCCCCCGCAGCUGCACUGGGUGUUCCGCUCGCGCGUGCUGGCCGAGGAGCCCGGCAGGUAUCUGCUGCGCGCGGCGGACGCUGGCUGGCUCAACCUCACCGUGGUCGGCGCGCGGCCCGACGACGCGGGCGAGUACCUGUGCGUGGCCAAGUCUCCGGGCGGCGUGGACGAGCGCGCCGUGGCGCUGCGGGUCGCAGAGACCACGGGGGUGGUCGCCGCGGGGGGCGGACACGACCCGGGGACCCUGGGGCUCGUCGUGGGGCUGGCCGUGGGGGCGGCGGUCUGCCUGCUGGUCGCGGGGCUCCUGCUGUGCCUGUGCUGCCGCCGGCGCCGGGCCAAGCAGGGCUGCUCCGAGCCGCAGUCGGCGCCGGCCAACCACGGCGCGCUCUCCGCCGCCGACGAGAAGUUCCCGCUGACGGCCGUCAACCCGGUGCAGAAGCCGCCGCGCCGCGUGGAGCAGUCCGACUGCACGGACCCCGAGUGCAGCCUGCUGGACGCCGGCUCCACCUACAAGCCCAGCAGCGUGACGGACAGCGACGACCGCCUGGAGGGCCGCUCCGUGGACUCGCUCUACUCGUACCGCGGCGCCCCGCACGACGGCAUGGACGCCUACCCGCCCGACCUGCUCGCCUUCGGGGGCGGCCAGGCGUCGCCCGCCGCCAGCUCCGCCUCCACCGCCCCCGACAGCUCGCGCCUGCCGCCCCAGAGCCCCGCGCAGCAGCUGCCACCGCACCUGCUGUUCGGCACGCUGCCCUACUCGCGCUCGCAGUCGCCCUUCUCGCCGCGCCACCACCAGGGCUACGUGACGAUCCCGCGGCGGCCGCGCGUGCCGAGCUGGGGCAGCGCGCACGACGGCCUGGGCCUCAGGCUGGAGCCCGUGUACGACAACCUGGGCCCGCGCACCACCGCCGACGGCAGCUCCGUGCUGUCGCUGAACGCCCUGGGCAGCCCCGCCGAGUCCACGCCUCUGCGCUGUCCGCCCAUCGAGGAGCAGCCCUCCGCGUCGCCCGGCGACUGGGCCCGCGCGCCGCCAGAGGGCGCCAGCCUCAGGAAGAGGCCCCAGGAGCGGCCGCCCCAGAAGAUCCCCCCCAGGCCGCCGCCCAAGCCCAGGAAGCUGGCCGUCGAGGUCCCCCCAGGUCCCCUGUUCGAGGACGAGGGCGAGGACGGCACCGAGGUCUAGGCCCGUCGGCCCGUUCUCUUUCGAGGACCAGUCCCCGGGUCGCAAUGCCUUUCUUGCAGUCCCCAUCGUCUUCUUACUUUCAACACGGGUGCAAGACGUCUUGGUACGGCCGAUAUCUGGUGUCUCGGUGCUUUGAAGGAUCGAAACUACUGCAGGAUGUCGGAGAUGGUCAUUCUUUGCUUGCAUCUGCUCGCUACUUGGGUGCUUUCAAGGACAAAAACCUUUUAAAGUGCAGAAAUUUUGGGCGUGAACGAAUUUUUCUGGCCAUACCUGGUAUCUCGGUGCUUUUAAGGAUCGAAACAACUGCACAAUGUCGGAGAUGGUCAUUCCUUGCUUGCAUCUGCUCGCUACUUGGGUGCUUUCAAGGACUAAAACUUUUUUUAGUGCAGAAAAUUUUGGGCAUGAUCAAGUUUUGCUGGCCAUAUCUGGAACCUUGGUGCUUUUGAAGACAAAUAUCUAGUGCAGGUUAGUUUGUGGUGAUCAUUGUUGUUGGUAUCUUGGUUGCUCUGAAAAACAGAAAUCAUGUAGCAGGAAGUCUGUGGUGAUCAUUCUUUUAGUAUCUUGGGGCUCUUUAAACAUCAACACUCCUGUAUAGGUAGCUAUGAACAAUCAUUUUUGGAUAAAAAUCAGUAGAUGUUUCCAAGACCAACAUCCCAAUGCAGAAAGUCAAGUUUAUUCAAGUCUUUACUAUCGGAGUCCUCACCAUCUUGGUGGGUUCAAGGACAAGAACCUUAGCGCAGAGGCCAUGGAUAAUUAUUUCUGUCUCUCAGCUUUCUAUAGGUUAGUGUUCUCAAAGACCAACACUUCAGUUGUGUAUAAAGUUUUAUACCAUCAUUUAUGGACUACGAUCCACUGUAACUUGGUGCUUUUAAUAAUCAACAUUCCAAUGCAGCAAUACUAAGGCCAAACACUUGGUUCACAAUCCCAGGUCUAGCUUGGUGCUUUCAAAGACAAAUUUCCAGUGCAAGAAAAAAGUUUUAUAUUGUGACAGGGUAAAUGAACCUUUUAGUGGACAUGACUUGAUGCAGUUAGUGCGUGUGGUGCUGUAUCGUGUUGAAACAUUUGUGCCUUUUUCAAACAUUGAACUUUUAUAGCUUCACACAUUUAUUAAAAUUUUAAAUAGGUAUGUGACGUUACUUUUGUUACUGGUAAGUUACAAUCUAUUGACUUUGAACAUGGAACAAUGUUUUAUAUGAAUUUUUUUUGUCUCAUAGUUAAAAGAUUGUUGUAUACACUAAGAAGGUAUUCGUUGUAGAGCCUUUAUUACACUUGACUGUAGCAAACUGGUUAGUAACAUUCCUGGUAUUCAUUAUUGUGCUCUGAGACUUACAAGUAAGCAAAUAUUUCAAAAUAUUUUGAGGAAACUUAAAUGUUAAUCAAGCAUAUGAUUUUUACAUAUUGUUAAAUAUUUCACCUAAGGUAUUUAUUUUUGUAUGCCUCAUUUAGCAUUAUGGCAAAAUGUAAGUUUCGUUUUUGUGAAAUGAACCUUUUUAUUAUAACUGUAAAAUAAACUAAUUGUCUAUUUUAAAA